AUGGCCUCUGAUAUCCCCAAAGUGGUGCCGUUGACAUGUCACGGUCACUCGCGUCCCGUACCACAUAUCAACUUCUCCUCCACCGUCGAGGAUGAUCAGUAUUACCUCUUGUCCGCCUGCAAGGAUAACAAUCCCAUGCUUCGUGACGGCAUCACGGGUGACUGGAUUGGCACCUUCCUCGGUCACAAGGGUGCUGUCUGGCAAGCCCGUCUCUCAACAGAUGCCACCAUUGCAGCAACCGCUGCAGCAGACUUCUCCGCUAAAGUGUGGGACACCCACACCGGCGAAUGUCUGCACACCUUGCAACAUUCGCACAUCUGUCGAGCCGUGGCAUUCCCCCUGCAGCCCUCCCCGCAGGUUGUUGCAACGGGAGGCUUUGAAAAGAAACUCCGAAUCUUCGAUCUGACGCAGGGUAGCAACACCUCGUCGCCGAUAAAUGCCACAUCUGGAGAAAACGGCGCCAAUGCGGCCCAAACACCACCAGCGACUAGCUACGAGAUUGGCCCAGGUGUCCACGGCGGAACAAUCAAAUCCAUCGUCUGGAACCAAGAUUACAAUAUCCUGACGACGGCCGCCGAAGACCGCAAAAUCCGAUGGUGGGACCUGCGAUCCCGCCACCCGGUCGUGGAGUACGCCGUGGAGGGCGCAAUCGGCAGCUGCGAAUUGAAUACCCUGGCCAUCCGACCCAACGACCCUGGUAUUUUGACCAUCGCGGCGGGAAAAUCCGUCUACCUGUUCGAUGGGUCGACUCCCGGUCGUCUUCUCAAGAAAUCAGACUUCAGAUAUGAAGUUGCCAGCGCCGCUGUGAACAACGAAUCAGGGAAACUGGUCACCGGUAGCGCGGGUGAUACCUGGGCCCGUGUCUAUGAUCUCCGCACGGAUGAAGAGCUGGGUAUGGAUCUCCUCUCCUCCCCUUCGUGUCUGAUGACAUGA